UUUAUGAUCCUAGAACGCGUUCAGGUGCAGUGGCUCACAGUACGACAAACAUGAGGUUGUGCCUGCAGCGCACCGUCGUAUUAUGUCUUGUCUGGAUUUUUUACGGUGGACUCGCCCAGAAUGAUACCCGGCAGUUUUAUCAGGGAAGCGACCUUGAAGACUUCACGUCAAGUACGAACAUUCGCCAUUGCGAUGCCACUAUUCAGACCCUUGAAGACUGGAUAUUUACACCAAACUAUCCCUCGGACUACGACAGUUUCCGCACCUGCACGUUUACCGUGCGCAAAGUGAGCACUGACAUUUGUACACUACUGCUGACUUUCAACGAUUUCGACGUCGAAGACAGCGACGGCUGUGCCAACGACUACCUCCUGCUCCCGGACGGACAGAGGCUCUGCGGAGCCCUACCGCCUGACACAACCAAGCAAGUCAGCAUUUCACGAAGGCACAGCAAGUUCACCUUCAUCUUCUCCAGCAACGAAGCCUACACAGCCAAAGGUUUUAUGAUCAAGGUCACGCAGCUCACCCACACCUGCACCGAUGACGUGCCGGACAGUCCACUGUACCCUCCAGAUUCCGAGUCUGCGGAGUUUCCUCUCGCUACAGACAAGCACUCUCCCAUUGAAAGCGGCCAUUGCAAUCGCGACAUCCUGGGAUAUUCCCACGUGCUGACAUCUCCCGGUUAUCCGUACGGUUAUUCCAACUACGAAAGAUGCACGUACAGAGUCUGGCGGGCAGACAGCAGUGUCUGCGUCGUCGAACUGGACAUACAAGACUUCACGCUUAAUCCCGAAGACUACCGAGGCUGCCUUAGGGAUUACCUAGAACUCCCCGACAACUCGCGUCUUUGCGGUGUCGUCAGCGGAACCAAGCUCCUAGAAUUUUCGCCUGGGUCCGACACAUUAACAAUGACCUUUGUGAGCGACGCCUUCGGCUCUGGCAGAGGAUUCAGCAUACAUCUCCGUCAAAGACGCAACUCUUGUGGAUUCGGACCAACUGGUGGCUGUGACCAGAGACUACUCGGUUCAUCCGGCAUCAUACGGUCACCGAACUAUCCUCGAUUCUAUGGACCCAACCAGCGCUGCCGUUACACUGUCGUCCGCCUCAACCCUUUUGUCUGUCGCGUCGAGUUCACAUUCAAGAGGUUCAAUUUGGAAACGAGCUAUGGAUGUCGCAAGGACUACGUCGAGCUGCCGGACAGAUCCAGGCUCUGCGGGCGGUAUACAGGCACAAAGGUCUUCGAGUUCAACCAAGAUGCGAUGAACUUGUACUUUGUCUCCGACAGCUACGUCGCAAACUCUGGCUUCGAGAUCGAAGUUCAUCAACUCAUCAAUUCCUGUCUCGAGAGAGCUCCCACGCAGGGAUGCGACAAAACAGUGACGCGAGAAAGAGAUUUCCUACGAUCUCCUGAAUAUCCCAAAGACUAUCCCUCGAACGCACACUGUGUGUAUACGAUACGACGUUCGAGGCCAAGCAUCUGCCGCGUUAGACUUGACCUGGUUCACUUUGACCUGGAAGACGGUAGCAGAUGCGACUCUGAUGCCCUCAUCAUCGAGAACACCGGCGAGCGCAUCUGCGGGUACAAGACCGGCACUUCAAAGACUGUCCAGUUUCCCAUCGGAGCGGACGAGAUAAGGUUCAUUUUCUCCUCUGACCCCACGACGACGAGGAAAGGAUUCGACAUCAGAGUGACCCAAGAGUCGAACUGCAACCGCGCUCCUCUAAGCCCGUCCAACAGCGUUCUACCCUAUGGCACGUGUGGGCGUCUCAGAUCAGCGGCUGGAAGACUAGACAGUCCUCGCUACCCAGCAUUUUACCCACCGAACCUGGACUGUAACUACUGGAUCCACAAGAGCAGUCCGGAGGUCUGCCGCGCGCAGCUGUACUUUACACGGUUCGACUUAGGCACUUAUCUAGGAGGGCGGUGUCCCUUUGACUUCCUCGACAUCCAGGGGACCAAGUACUGCGGACGGCGCGAUGGGCAAGCAUUGAUUGUGGACUUCCCGUACAAGAGGGACACCAUAGUGCUUCGACUUCACACGGACCACACGUCCCAGAAAUCAGGAUUUCGCAUACAAGUUCGACAAAUGACGACGGGAUGUGCGCGGAGCCUCCAACCUCAAAGCUCGCCACGUGUCUCCUGCAACCAGGUGUUUACCACCGAGGAGUUCCAGAUAGUUAGUCUAGGCUUCAGGAGAGGAGGCUACCUACCAAACACAGAUUGCGCGUAUGUAAUCAAGAAAAGUGACUUCAGAGUUUGUGCCUUGGAAAUAAAAAUAGACGCCUUCGACUUGGAAGAUGAUGCUGACUGCGACAAGGAUUACCUCCAGUUCAACGAGGUUAAGCUGUGCGGAAAGCAAGCUUAUGGCGCUACAAGGACCAUAGAAUUCUUGGACGACGAACUGAAAGUCCAUUUUCACUCAAACCCCACAAUUAAUGGGGCUGGAUUUUUCGUCUCUGCGAAGCAAGUUUCAUGCUAAGAAGUGGACUACUUAACACCGUAAUUUAUAAAUAAAGAACUGUUUUCUUUUUC